AUGGUAAGUGCUCUUUGCAUUUCUGUCGACCUGGAGGCAGAAAAAGAGAAGCUGGUGUCUUUGCCUUGGGGGCUUGCAAGCACCGGCCGGCCGUGCCCGGAGCCGGAUUUCGCCGGGGGCCCGGGCUGCGCCUGCCCCUGGUCCGCCCCCGCCGGGGUUUCCAAGGAGACUUGGGCUGCCGUCUGCGCCGCGGAGCCGCCGCCACCGCACGGCCAGGACCGGCGGGAGCCUCGGCCGCCCGGCCAGUUCUACAGCCCGCAGCUCGGUGGGCAGGACGCGGCGUGGCAAGGAGACCAGCUCUCCUCCCAGCUCUACAGAAACAAGCAGCUUCAAGAUACUUUGCUUCAGAAGGAAGAGGAACUUGCUAGGUUACAUGAAGAAAAUAAUAACCUCCGACAAUACCUGAAUUCUGCCCUGAUUAAGUGUUUAGAAGAAAAAGCCAAGAAACUCCUAUCCUGCCACAGCCAAAAAACCUGUGCCAUUCUCAAAAGCACCAAGAGGAGAUUAAAAGAGGACCACUGGUUUGUUCCUCAAGAAACUCCUCAUGCUUCCAAAGCUAGAAGGAACCUCUUUAAUGAAUUCACUGCCUGUGAAGAGCAAGCCAGCCCUGGUGUGGACAGCUGGGUCUUGAAGACUUUAGGAUUAAAAGAUGUCAACACAAUUGAUGAAACUUCAGCUAACUACAGUGCCCUGUCCUCAGACCUCGGAAAAAACACAUACUGCCUGAGCCCUGGUGAAGCAGUAGACUAUGACCAGUGUGAAGGAGCAGCAGCAGCCUAUAGCUGCAGCCACGUGCCUCCAACUAACGGCAGUACCCAACCACGCAGCGAGGACUCUCCCUUCCUUCCUCAGAUUUCUUCAGCACCAUGUGUCUCCUCAUCAGUGCCAAGUGUCUCCUCCCUCCCAGCCUAUGGGCUGCCCUAUUUGACUGGCAAUUUGUCACCCAACAAAACAGAAGUGGCGUUCACAACAUCUCUAAGUCCUCACCGCAAUGUGAGAACGCACACCUUCCACCAAGGACAAGCCUUUGUGCGGAGGGAUGAUGAUGGAGGAUGGAGAUUCACCUGGGUGCCCAAGCAGGCUGAAUAAUGCACCUGAGUCAAGGGUCGGCCAUAAGGGAUAUA